AUGGAAACUUUCAGCAAGUCAUCGGCAGUUGUGGCGGCGGUGGUGGUAGCGGUGACGGCAUGGCUAUGGCGGAUGAUGAACUGGCUCUGGUUCAAACCCAAGCAGCUGGAGAAUCGCCUUAGAAACCAAGGCUUCGACGGCCGGCCGUAUCGGUUUCCGAAGGGCGAUCUGAAGGAAGCCGUCGAGAUGCUGAAAGAAGCCAAGUCGAGGCAGUUGGACGUCUCCGACGAUGCUGCCCUCCGUGUCUUACCCUUCCAUUACCACACCGUCGAGAAAUACGGGAAGAAAUCGUUUACAUGGUUCGGACCAGUGCCAAGGGUGCACAUCAUGAACCCUGAACACAUCAAAGAAGUGUUUGCAAAAGUUUACGAGUACCCAAAGAUGAGGAGCAACCCACUGAGGAGGCUGUUAGUCGGUGGAGUUGCAAGCUACAACGGCGAGAAAUGGACACAUCACAGAAGGAUUCUCAACCCUGCGUUCCAUCAGGAGAAGUUGAAGUUGAUGGUGCCAGCGUUCUAUACAAGUUGCAAAGAUAUUGUUGAUGAGUGGGAGAAGGUGGUGAAAUCUGAGGGAAUGAUCAGCUCUUGUGAAUUGGAUGUAUGGCCUUAUUUACAGGACAUGACUUGUGAUGUAAUUUCCAGAACAGCAUUUGGAAGCAGUUAUAAAGAAGGGGCAAGAAUUUUCGAAUUGAUCACAGAAAUGGGCACUCUUAUUGUACAGAUUGCCCAACAAAUUUAUAUACCAGGAUGGAGGUUCGUACCAACCAAAGCAAACACUAGGAUGAAACAAGUGCACAAGGAGAUUCAAGAACUAAUGGAGGGGAUCAUCAACAAGAGAGAGAAAGCAAUGAGAAUGGGCAUGGAUGAUGUCGCCAACAACGACUUGCUCGGUGUUCUGAUGGAAUCAAACAACAAAGACGGAAAUAUGACAGUAGAGGAAGUGAUUGAGGAAUGUAAGUUGUUUUAUUUGGCUGGGCAAGAGACUACCUCCUCACUACUGGUUUGGACAAUGAUCCUUCUCAGCAAGUACCCAGCGUGGCAAGAAAGUGCAAGACAAGAGGUCUUGCACGUCUUUGGCACAAAACAUGGCAUCGACUCCACCACACUCGACUCGGGCAGUCUCAGCCAGCUUAAGACCAUGACCAUGAUCCUAAACGAGGUUCUCCGACUGUAUCCCCCAGUAACGCAGUUGAUUCGGAUUAUCGAGAGAGAUACGGAGCUCGGCGAUUUCAUUCUGCCUGCAGGGACUCAGGUGGCCCUACCAGCGAUCCUCAUCCACAAGGACCCCGAGAUCUGGGGGAAAGACGCGGGGGAGUUCAAACCAGAGAGAUUUUGCGAUGGAGUUUCUAAGGCGACGAAGAACCACAAUCAACAGGGUGCAUACUUUUUUCCCUUUGCAGGGGGUCCUCGGAUUUGCAUUGGCCAGAGUUUCGCUCUUAUGGAAGCUAAGAUGGCUUUGGCAAUCAUACUUAAGAGGUUUUCCUUCGAGCUUUCACCGUCAUAUGUCCAUGCUCCUUCCGCAGAGGCCGUUACACUCCGGCCACAAUUCGGUGCUCGACUCAUCCUUCAUAAGCUCUGA